GCCACCUACACUGACGGAGCUACCAAGAAUCCUAUCUUUGACACCGUUCUCAAAUUGCUCUCUGUUUCUUUUUGUAAUUGUAAUGUCAAUUGCUCUCUGCUUCAAAGACUACUCCCCAACAUUCUUCAAUUCAAUGACACCAUUACUCUUUCAAAAUUCUUUUUUGUCAAAGACGAAUCCAGCUAAUUCAUCACCCAUGAAUUUGAAAUUUUUGAAGAGAACUAGAGGAAGAUUUUGGUAAAAAUUGAAAGAAAAGGAGCAUCGAUAUAAACAUUGACCCCGCUCGCCGCAAAAAGCAAAGGAGGCAAAGGAGGGUGGUCCUGUUCAAUUUCGAUGGAUGUAUUUCAUCGAGAGAAUGUUGCGCAUAUUAAAAGGUUAUGUACGCAACAUGGCUCGCCCAGAAGGGUCAAUUGCUGAGGGCUAUCUUGUAGAGGAAUGCAUGGCAUUCUGUUCCAAAUAUUUGACUGAUAUGGAGACAAAGGAAAAUCGCCCGGAUAGGAAUUCUAAUUCUUCCAACAUGGAUCCUAAUGGCUUAUCUAUAUUCAACUGUCGUGACUAUCAUGAAGACAAAUGCGCAUGUUUCUGCUAGUGUUGAAUCUGCAGGAGUAAUUUCAAACCCACAACCACGACAAAUGAGAAAAGGAAGGGGGAAGACUAGAGGGUUUUUAAUCCAAAAGAAACGCAAAAAUAAUCUCAAUGGAAAGCUGGAGGUGAUUAUCCCACCCGAUCGAACAAUAGCAGUUGGUCCUGGAGCUAAUAAUUUUGUUGCCGAGCUUUCAGUUACAGUUGACCAAAAUGCUAAGCAUGAUGUCAAAACUUGGAAGAAAGUUUCUGAUCUAGCAAAAGAAAGGAUUGUUGCUCAUAUGCUGGACGCCUUUGAAAUUCCAGACUAGGGAUACUAUCCUUCAUACAACUAAUAAUUUGUAUCGAUAUCGUCGUAGUAGGCUCCAUGAUCAUUUCAAGAAAUUUGCUACAAAGGAGGAACGAUUGCAAAACAUACCAGAAGAUGUCACUGAAGUUGAAUGGAAAUUCUUGGUGGACUAUUUCGACUCUGAUCCUUUCAAGAGUAAAUUCAAGAAACAGAAGAGGGUACUGAUGAUAUGGACCCUAUUGUUAAUGCGUCCUUUAUGAAAAUUGUUGGAGAAAAGUCAGGCUAUUACCGCAGCCAAGGAUCGGGACUUAAGCUAACAAAUAAGCGAUCCAUGCAAGGGCUUCAAGAGCAACUGCAAGCACAAAAAAAAAGAGGUGGAAGAAGAACGUCAUAAACGAGAGAGUGUAGAAUCUAAACUUAAAGAGGUGCAAGAGCAACUUGAGGAGGAGCGGAAAAAUCUAGAAGUCAUAAAAGCUCAUGUAGGAGUAAUGGAAGCCCGUGUAGGACGUGAGCAGAAAAUGUUAAAAGAGGGCAUGGUGGGACUUACAUCCCUUAUACAAAGUUCCCAGGUAUUAGUAUAAGCACUAAAGUUUCUGUAGGUUCCUUAUGAAGACCAAAUAGUUAUUUUAUAAAUCUUUUGAGCUAAAUCAGAAGUUGUAACAUGUAACAAUGAUUCACGUGUUAUAUCUUUAAAUAUUUCUAAUGUUCCUCUA